UUCGAAUAUAAAUAGAGGAAAAAGUUGAGUAUCUAAGCUAUGACGAUCGUUAAACGGGACGCUAAGUCUAUUGUGGCCAUUGCUUAGAUGUUACGAUUGCAUACGUCUGACGCAAAUUGACGACGAUAACAAAUAUUCCUAUGGGAUGAAUGCAUAAUUGGUUCAGUUAAUGCCGAGGUUUGUGGAUUAGAGUACUCAUAUAUAGAGUGGGAUGUCCACUGGCAUGAAACUAGUCUUUACAAAACAUAUUUUAAAGGUAGUACAGACAACAAAGGGAACUCUAAAAAGAUAGUCAUUUAAAGGCUGAUUAGAGUACUAGACACAACAAUUUACUCAGAGAAUUUGACGGGUUUAAGCUUUCAUUGACAUAGCAACCAUAAUCUACAAUGGCCGGAGAAAUUUUGGUAGGUGAAUAUCUCUUUGAAAGAAUCCGACAACUUGGUGUUAAAUCCAUCCAAGGUGUGCCAGGAGAUUUCAACUUGGCUUUGCUCGAUUUGAUUGACAAUGUUGGUGACGAAAGCUUUCGCUGGGUAGGCAAUACCAACGAGCUAAAUGGUGCUUAUGCUGCUGACGGUUACGCUAGAGUGAAGGGAUUGUCUGCCAUUGUCACCACCUUUGGUGUAGGUGAGCUUUCAGCCAUCAACGGUUUAGCUGGUGCAUACGCCGAACAUGUUCCUAUAGUGCACAUCGUCGGUAUGCCUUCUACGAAAGCCCAAAGUAGCGGUGCCCUACUUCACCAUACAUUAGGUAAUGGUGAUUUUGGAAUUUUUGUAGAAAUGAAUCGCCCUGUGAGUGCUUAUACCACUGUCAUUACAAACGGCGAAGAUGCGGCUGCAAAGAUCGACGAGGCUUUGACGAUUUGCUACAGAAAGGCACGCCCUGUUUACAUUGGUAUCCCUGCUGAUACCGCCUACUUCAAGACCUCAUCAGCCAACCUAAGGAAACCCUUGGAGACUGAAGAACCCGAGAACGAGCCCGUUUCUGAACAAGAAGUGAUUACAACAGUUGCUGAAAUGAUUGAAAAAUCCAAGAAGCCUGUUAUUUUGGUCGAUGCUUGUGCAAUUCGUCAUCGCGUCGUCCCUGAAGUAAAACAAUUAAUUGAAUUGACUCAUUUCCCCAGUUACGUUACUCCCAUGGGUAAAUCUGCUCUCAAUGAGACUUCCAAAUACUUCGAUGGUGUCUACAUAGGUUCCAUUAGCGACCCUCAAGUAAAGGAACGUAUUGAAUCGACCGAUCUUUUACUCUCCGUUGGUGCUUUAAAAUCUGAUUUCAACACCGGUUCCUUUUCUUAUCACUUGAGCCAAAAGAAUUCCGUUGAGUUCCACUCUGAUCAUAUGAAAAUCCGUUAUGCUUUGUAUCCUGAAGUCUCGAUGAAGUACGUACUCCGCAAACUGAUGAACGUUUUGAACCCCGAAAAAUGUCGAGCCAAAGCAGCACCCACAUUGGGUUAUGAUAUCAAACCCAAGCAUGCAGAGGGGUAUUCUGAUCAACAAAUUACUCAAAGUUGGUUCUGGCCCAACUUUGGUCAUUUUUUGAAGCCUAAAGAUGUAGUUGUAACGGAAACAGGAACAGCCAACUUUGGUAUUUUGGACUGCAGAUUCCCGCCCGACGUUACUGCCAUCUCUCAAGUUUUAUGGGGAUCCAUUGGAUAUUCAGUUGGUGCAUUCUUUGGCGCUGCGUUGGCAGUCAAGGACUCCUCAGAACCUGAUCGCCGAACGAUUUUAGUCGUUGGUGAUGGAUCUUUGCAUUUGACAGCAACGGAAAUCUCGACUUGCGUUCGCCAAAACCUCAAGCCAAUUAUCUUUGUUAUCAACAAUGAUGGUUACACAAUCGAGCGUCUUAUUCACGGUCUUCAUGCAGGCUAUAAUGACAUCAACACGAACUGGCAGUACCAAGAUAUGCUCAAGUUCUUCGGCGCUAAGCAAUAUCGUUCCUACCGUGUGAAGACACCUCAAGAACUUGAGAAACUGUUCAACGACAAACAAUUUGCCUCUGCAGAUGUGAUUCAACUUGUAGAAGUGAUUAUGCCCAUGUUGGAUGCACCACGUAUUUUGGUAGAACAAGCAAAGUUGACUGCAAAGAUCAACCAAGAGUAAAGCAAACCCGCAGAUGAUUUGGUUCGAACGUUUGGUGAACUUUGUUCAUGUUAGGAUGCCGUUUUCGUAAUGUCGAUGAAUGAAUGAAUGAAUGACUCAUGAAGCACGAUUUUCUCAAUAUUUUCAUAGUAUUUUCGAAAAAAGAAUGUUAAUUCAAAUAUUUCUCAAAUGUUUUUCUUUCAUUUUGUUUACCACUGUUAUAUCUUCUUAUACGA